AUGUGGACGAGGACUGGGAUGGGCGUAGCAGACAUCGAGCAGGAGGAAAAAAAGAGCAGCAGAGCAAAUCAUUGUCAAGGAAGGAAAACGCAUGAUGAUGGCGUUAAUUUUGAAAAGAGCGACGUCCAGCCGUGGGGCCGGGAAAUUAGGCAAGGAAUGUGGUUCCGUUCGUCGCCGCCGAAUCGCCACUUUUCUUCGCGUUUCUUCAUCGAUAUCGUUCUUCUCUGGGGCAGUCACUGCGCCUUCACUUUCAUCAUAAGAAUCUUUAUACUACUGCGCCCGGAAACAGGCGGCCGACUACGUAAUACUGAUUCAGUACUCGGAAGCAAAGCGGAAUACUCUUACCAAAGUCGAGAGGACGCUCUUCACCGUGAUCGCGUUGACGCCACGGGCGGGCGUCAUAUGUACAUGCUUCAUCGUUAUAGCAUUGACCAGAAAGCAAGACAGCAUAUCGACAAGAUGGUAUAG